AUGGCUGGGGCGCCCGGCCCCUCUUCUGCUGCGAUCGACGACGAGGCGCUGCGCGAGCUGCGGCCGCUGCAGUUCCUGGUUCCGGACGAGAAGCGCGCCGCUUGGUGCGGCCGCGCGGCCGCAAGCCUCUUUGGGUGGGGCAAGCAGCUCGAGCCUCGGCCGCUCGGGCCUCUCGAGGCGCUUGCGCUCGGCGGCUUUGACGAGGAGCAGGUAUGGCAGCAGCUCGAGCUACGCAACAAGCCGCUGCUCCGGUACGUGCAGACGAGUUCGCGGCGGCUGCGGCCAGCGCUCGAGAAGGAGGACUCGGAGGAUGCAGCGUCCACGGGCACUGGCGACGACGAGGAGGGCGAGGAGCAGAAGAAGCUGUCGGAGCUCGAGCACGCGCAGCUCGCAGAGAAGCCGUGGCAGCUGCGCGGAGAGGUGAGCGGGCAGCAGCGGCCGGCCAACUCGCUGCUCGAGACGGCGGCGAUGGCGCCGAGCGAGGAGUCGACGCGCUCCAUCGAGGAGGUCAUCCGCGCGCGCUGCAAGGACGGGCUGUGGGACGACGUCGUGCGGCGCGCCGCGCUCAAGCCGACGGACUUCCGACCCAAGCCGGCCGACCUGUCGCUCGAGAAGAGCGACAAGGGGCUCGGCGACGAGUACGCCGCCGCCUUCGAGACGAACGCGCGAAGCUCCGAGGAAAUGCCGCGGACGCCGCUGAGCAGUGUGCUCGGCUCCAAGGGAGCGGACGCGGUGGCCAAGGCGCACGAGGAGGCGCGCGCACUGCUCGCCAAGCUCGACUCGCGCCUCGACCCGCUCUUCUCCUUCCACUACGCGCCGCCCCCCGCGAAGCGCGAGGCGCCCGCCGUCUCGCUCGAGGAGAAGGUGCCGACGGCCCUCGCCGCGAGCUCGACGCUGGCCCCCGAGGAGGUGUACGGCCGCAAGCGGAGCGACAAGGCGCUCGCCGACCGCGCAGAGCUCUCGCAGGGCGAGCGGAAGGCGCUCCGCUCAAAGAAGAAGCGCGCCUUCUUCAGCAGCAUGCAGGCCGCGAGCCAGGCGCCCGGCGGCCUCGCCGGCUCCAAGCGGCAGCGCGUCGCCGACGCCCGAAAGGCGGCGCAAGGGGCAGGGGCGGCGGACGGCGCCUCGUUCAAAUUGUAG